GCGGCGGCGGCGGCAGCGACGCGGGACUCCGGGGGAGGCGCGCGACGAGCGGGCCUGACGCACCGCGGCGCUCGAGGCCCGGCUCCGCAGCGGGAGGGGCGGCCGCGGCUCCCCGCGCCUCGCGAAGGGCAGCGGGCCCCGAGCCGCCGCCGCCGCCGCCGCCGCCCGAUGGCGCGCUUGCGGGGCUGCCUGCCCCGCCUGAUGGUCGCGAUCCGCUCCCUGCUCUUCUGGUGCCUGGUCUACAGCUACUGCGGGCUCUGCGCCUCCGUCUACCUGCUCAAACUUUUGUGGAGCAUCGGCAAGGGACCCGCGCAGACCUUCCGGCGGGCCGCCCGGGAGCAGCCCCCCGCCUGCUUGAACGACCCCUCGCUGGGCACCCACUGCUACGUGCGGAUCAAGGACUCGGGGUUAAGAUUUCACUAUGUUGCUGCUGGGGAAAGAGGCAAACCCCUUAUGUUGCUGCUACAUGGAUUUCCAGAAUUCUGGUACUCUUGGCGUCACCAACUAAGAGAAUUUAAAAGUGAAUAUCGAGUUGUAGCACUGGAUUUAAGAGGCUAUGGAGAAACAGAUGCUCCGACUCAUCGAGAGAAUUAUAAAUUGGACUGUUUAAUAACAGACAUAAAGGAUAUUUUAGACUCUUUAGGGUACAGCAAAUGUGUUCUAAUUGGCCAUGACUGGGGAGGCAUGAUUGCUUGGCUGAUUGCCAUCUGCUAUCCAGAAAUGGUAAUGAAGCUUAUUGUUAUUAACUUCCCUCAUCCAAAUGUAUUUACAGAAUAUAUUUUACGACACCCUGCCCAGCUAUUCAAAUCCAGCUAUUAUUACUUCUUCCAAAUACCAUGGUUCCCAGAAUUUAUGUUCUCAAUAAAUGAUUUCAAGGCUUUGAAGCAUCUGUUUACCAGUCAUAGCACUGGUAUCGGAAGAAAAGGAUGUCGAUUAACCACAGAAGAUCUUGAAGCUUAUAUUUAUGUCUUUUCUCAGCCUGGAGCAUUAAGUGGCCCAAUUAACCAUUACCGAAAUAUCUUCAGCUGCCUGCCGCUCAAGCAUCACAUGGUGACCACUCCAACCCUUCUCCUCUGGGGAGAGAAAGAUGCAUUUAUGGAAGUUGAAAUGGCUGAAGUCACAAAGAUUUUUGUUAAGAACUAUUUCAGGCUAACCAUUUUAUCAGAAACCAGUCAUUGGCUUCAACAAGAACAACCCGACAUAGUGAACAAAUUAAUAUGGACAUUUUUAAAAGAAGAAACAAGAAAAAGAAAUUGACUUUUCUGUAUCAUUCAUGAGGGGUCUGUAAUGAAAUAUCUAAACAAUUUUAAUUGUACAAGUUAAGCAUUAUUAGAAAACUAUUUUAAUAAUGUGCUUUAUCAUAAAUACCUUGAGAAAUAGUGUUAAAAAAGAUAAGAAUUUGUGAACAUGUAACAAUACUAAUUUUUUUGGUUGUAUUUUGCACAGAAAAGCAUCUGCCUUAAAAAGUAUCUACUUCUACAAGAUGGAAGUUGGGGAAAAUGGCCCAAUUUUGGUUUCUUGCUUUCUUUAUCCUGUUAACAUAAGGUGCCUUUUACAAAUUUAUAUUAAAGAUUAGCUGUGCCAUAUUAAAAGGCAACCCUGCAAUGGUACAAAUUUUGAUUUUAUUGUUCAGAAGUUCUUUUUACUUUUUUUAACCAUUAAAAUUAUAUUAUCAAAUUUCUUGGGUUUAUAAUAUAUUUAUUAGCUGGAAGGAAAUAUGACUAGAUCAAUAAACAUCUUAAAGUAAGCCACAAAUGCUACUUCUAUUAGAAGGAUUAAUAUGAGAUGAUGUAAAAUUCUCAUAUGUACAUAUGUAUUGUUAAACAUCUCAAAGUAGGGAAACACUUCCAUUGACUUAUUUGCCUUAUUUCUCUAACUAAGUUGGUGAGAGCACUUGUAAAUAUGUAAGACUAUGGUUCAGAUCCUGGCACCACAAACUAAGAGAAAAAAAAAAAACAACAUAUAAAUUAUCUCGAGGUUAAUUUUGGAACCAAGAGAUAGCUUAGUGGGAUGAAGCAUUUUCUUUGCAUGCAGAAAUCCUGGUUUCAUCCCCUACAUUGUCAUGAGGGACCUCCAUGGACCCAGCUUGGAGGUAAGCAUCCCUGGGUGUGGUCUGUAAACCACACAAAUAAAUAAAUUGGUGGGGCUGGAGGAAUGGUACAGUAAAUAGAGUCUUCCUGGCACUCAGCCAACCUGGAUUUGCUCAAUCCCUUGCAUCCCAUAUGGACCCCCACACCCUGAGCACCCCCCCCAGGAGUGAUCCCUGAUUGCAGAGCCAUGCAUAAGCCCUGAGCACAGCCAGGUGUGGCCCUACAAAACAAUCAAUAGAUUGGUGAGAAAUUUAAGAAAAGAACCAUUUGCCUCUACCUUGAAAAAAGAGUUAAAAACUGUUUUUCCUAUGUAUAAUAAAGGUCAAACUUGUUGUAUUUUGUUAACAGGCAUCUAAAAAUAAGAACCUGGUUCACUGUAGGGACUCAAAUAUUUGAUUAACAAAUCAAUAUCUGAUACACAACUAAGCACUAUGGGAAAAAUAUGAAAGAUGUCAUUAGAAUAUGAAGUUUUUCCUUUCUAUGAAUACUCAGAAUACAGUUAAAUCAAAUAAGGGUUUGAAUAUAAAAGUGAGUACUAAGGGCCAAAGGAAUAGCACAGAGGAUAGGGCAUUUGCCUUGCACAUGGAUUCCUGGGUUUGAUCCCCAGUUAUCUCAUAUGGUUCCCUAAGCACCACUAGGUGUAAUUCCUGAGUUCAGAACCAGGAAUAACUGCCUGAGCAUUGCUGAGUGUCACCCUAUAUGCUCUUGUUCAGGAAUUACUCCUGGCAGGGCUCAGGGACCUUAUGUGGUACGGGGAACCUGGGUUGGCCAGGUGCAAUGCAAGAGGCCUAUCUCCUGUACUAUCUUCACAGCAUUGUAUAAUGUCUUAAAUACGCAUGUGAUGCUUGAGUGGCAGGCAGCUAGAAACACAGAACACGUGUGCUUGAGACUCAUGAAAAGAUUAAAAUAACAACCCCUCUCCACCCCAUAAUGUUCCAUUGGGUCAUAAAUUCUCAAGGAAUGAAAUAUUUCUGAAAAAAUAAUGAAAAUGGUUCUUGGGAGAGACAAAAUACUACAUGUAUAUGUAUAUAUAUGUAUGAGACACAGUCACAUCAAUUGCUUUUCUUUACCAUGGGAGACAACGGUAACAUUGCUAAAUCCUGGCUUCUCAUAAUCUACAACUGUGAUAAAAAUAAAAUUGAGUUGGUGAAAGGAAUAUUUUCCUCACUGAGUUUAGUUUGAUAACAAGACUGCGGAAGGUUUCUAAGAAUUCUCAUCAUUGUAUCCUAGCAACUUGUGUUUACUAAUAAAGGCCCAUUCUUCUAUAUACAUCAUACUUAGGCCUCAUAACAUUGCAAGGUAAGGAGUAUCAUUAAUUUAUGUGUGGAAAUGAAGUUGACCAGUCCCCUCACAGUGUUAAGUGUUAGAAGCAGGAUCUUAACUAUAUCCAUAUAGUAGGAGAGCCAUAACCUUUCCAUUUGGUGAUAUUCUUUUAAGAGGCUAUGGUAUACACACUACUUUUUCUGUCUUCUUGGUAACCUGGUGUGUUCCAAUAAAUAGAAAUGUCUCAGAAA